UGGAGGAGGAGGGACAGGUUGGCCAGCAGUUGGAUUCACAGAAUUAAGAGGACAUCUGCGGUGCUUUGCGCUUGGGACUGCUGCUCAAAGGACCCUUGUUCCUGCAGAAGGAUGGCUGCAAAGAAAAAGGAGGUAGUACUGCAGAUUAACAUCAAUAGCCAGGAGCUCUGGGAAGAAAUGCUGUGUCUGAAAGGACUCAUUGUUGUUGAUGUGUUUCAAACCUGGUGUGGUCCAUGCAAAACAGUAGUAAAUCUUUUCCGAAAAAUAAGGAAUGAAGUUGGCAGUCAUCUCCUGCAUUUUGCUGUGGCUGAAGUUGAUUCCAUUGAUGCUCUGGAAAAAUACAGAGGAAAAUGCAAGCCUGUCUUUCUGUUUUAUGCAAGAGGAGAAUUAGUAGCUGUUGUAAGGGGAGCGAAUGCACCAUUGCUGCAGAAGACCAUCCUGGAACAGCUGGCAGUGGAAAGGAAGGUUUUAGAACAUGGAGGACAGCGUGUGAUGGUACAAGACAGAGCCUUCUCCAAAGAGGAGGGAGACACGGCUGCUCUUCGGGAAGAACAGGAAGGCCCAAUAGGUAAUGCAGGCAUGGCUGAAGCAUGA